AUGCGCGGUGUCGCUGUUGCUGCUUCCUCCUCCCUUCCCCUCCGCCGACUGUGCCUCUCGCCGGUCGCCCGAAGCCUCCCGAGGCAAACCGCCCUCCGUCGAUCCGUCUGCACCUCCUGCCUCGCGAACAGGAGAACCGCCACCGGUACCAGAGCGACGAUCACGCAACGUAUUCCAGCGCAAUACUCCAGGAAUGUCGAGCAGAGGAGGACAGCGUCGGCGGUAGCGGCGGCAACAGAGGGGAAUAGUGUCACAAGCGACAAUUUUGGUCCGAUCCAAGAGUACGACCGCCGAGUAGACAAUGGCAUCCUGCGCAACGACGAACAUCAGCGAGGCAUCAUCCAGAGCCUCCAACACCUCCACGAUGAGUUGGUGAACUACCACGCGCCAAAGGUCGUACGCCCGACCCUCGAGUCCUUGAAACCGGCGAAGUCGAUGUUUGGGUCUUGGUUUGGCGGAGGGAAGUCUCAAGCCGCGAUCGGCGCCAUCCCGGCAAACUUGCCCCGCGGGCUGUAUCUCUUCGGCGAUGUUGGCAGUGGCAAGACGAUGCUUAUGGAUCUGUUCUACGACACCUUGCCGAGCUCCGUCAAGUCCAAGACAAGAAUCCACUUCCACAACUUCAUGCAAGACGUCCACAAGCGCUUGCACAAGAUGAAGAUGCAAUACGGCAACGAUGUCGACGCCGUCCCCUUCGUCGCGGCCGAUAUCGCAGAGAAGGGCAACGUCCUCUGCUUCGACGAGUUUCAGUGUACGGACGUGGCAGAUGCGAUGAUUCUGAGAAGACUGCUCGAAUCGCUCAUGUCGCACGGCGUCGUCUUGGUCACCACCUCCAACAGACAUCCCGACGAACUCUACAAGAACGGCAUCCAGCGCGAGUCGUUCGUCCCGGCGAUCAAGCUUCUCAAGAACAGGCUCCACGUCAUCAACCUCGACUCUCCGACAGAUUACCGCAAGAUCCCGAGACCGCCCUCCGGAGUCUACCACACCCCGCUCGAUGCGCACGCGGCUUCCCACGCCGAGAAGUGGUUCCGCUUCCUCGGCGACCCCGACUACCCCGAGCCGCAUCCGGAGGUGCAGAAGGUAUGGGGUCGUGAGAUCCACGUCCCACGCGUGAGCGGUCGCUGCGCGUGGUUCACCUUCGACGAGCUCAUCGGGAGACCGACGUCCGCCGCCGACUACUUGGAGCUGGUUCGCAGUUACGACGCCUUCGUCGUCACCGAUGUGCCCGGCAUGACAUAUCGCCAGCGCGACUUGGCGCGUCGCUUCAUCACCUUCAUCGACGCCGUGUACGAGUCCCACGCCAAGCUUGUCCUGACGACGGAGAAGCCCCUGACGGAACUCUUCGUCUCGCGCGCCGAGUUGGAGGAAUCGCUGAGCAAGCAAGGCAAGGAUGGCAAGGCCGAGGUCGCGCAGGACAACGGCGCGAGCCACUUGCUGGAGGACUUGGAUCAGAACAUCGAUUCCAUCAAGAACAUGUCCGGCCUGUUCUCUGGCGAUGAGGAGGCUUUCGCAUUUGCCCGUGCGCUUUCACGUCUCAGCCAUAUGGGCAGCCGUGAGUGGGUUGAACGAGGCAUGGGCUUGGAGCAACAGGGUGGCAAGAAGGAGCGCGACGACUGGGCCAAGGUCAGGAGUCGCCAGAUGGAAGACAGCAUGUGA